AUGGGGGAGGACGCUGGCAAGCUCCGUGAGACCAGUGGCCCUACAGGCAGACCGGUGACCAGCCCGGCAGUGGUGGUAAAUGGUCAACCACCUUUGAGACCCAACACCAGCCCUGCGUGUGGUGGUGCUGAUUCAAGGGUGCUGCAUGUGCCGAGGAAUGUUGCCAUCCGCUCCAGGUUCUUGAUGCAGCGCACCUCAUGCGGUCCCCGGCGGGUGCCCCUUCCUUUAGAGCUUGUCCCGGUGGUGCGACGGGUGGAGCACGACACAGCAGGUGAAGCAAGGACAGCCAGAUCCAGGUGCUUGCACACCACCCACUUCAUUGGCGAAAAGUCGCUGAUGGUUCCUGUGGAGAUGGUCUCGGCCCAGCCCCUGUCCAAGCGACCGAUCAGCAGCCGAAUCGGCAGCCUCCCAGCCGCCGAGAAGGAAGCCACACGCUUGGAGCUGCCGGUGCUGACGCCUGAGCUGCGAACGGACUUAAAGCAGAAGUUGGACAGCUUGGUUUCCGUGUGUCGGACCGACUUCAAGGCGCAUCCGAGGAGCACCCGAUUUUUCCUGCGAGAGCUGUGGGAGUUGUGCCAAUUGUUGAAAGUGCCGGUGAGCAGCCGGCCAUACAGGAGGAGGCUUGCGGACGGUUUGUACCAGUUUGUCACCAACAUCCCCAACUUCCUUCCUGCCGAUUUGGCGCCAUCCAGCGCUGAGCUGGCUGAAGACUCCUUCUUGACCAUGACGGUGAUGUUGGCUCUUGGCUCCAUCCCUUGGGAGUUUCGAUUCAACCGGGUGCUGUAUCGCUUGUGCAACUGUUCUUCGGCCUUCGGAUCGCAUCGUUGUCUUCUACCCACUGGAGGUAUCAGGAGCUCGGAGUUUGUCGCCCCGUCCCGGCCGACGCCACGAGGUGUCCGUUCCAUGGAAGGCUGGGGCCACUUGCGGGUCAUGGCUGCCAUCGUCAUCCUAGCUGGCAGCGCUCAGGUGAAGCUGCUCCAGUCGGCUUCUCAGGGCGUUGAAACUGGGGUCGCUCCCCAAACUUCAGCUGUGGCAAACAGGGGCCAUGAAGCCCUCAUCCAAUGCUAUGAGUGCAAGUUGCACCGCAGGUGA